AUGGCCUCUCGCUGCUCACCAACAGAUGGAUCCAUUGCUUUCAUGUCGAUGAUUGCAGUUAAUGUGCCAAUUGUGACCUUGGACCUUGAGCAGAUCAAAGGGAAGCUACUCACAGUUUGCUUAGAAGGUGUUGACUCUCUUGCAGUUCUUUCACGAACAUUGGAAUCGGAACACGUUCCUUCUGGAACCAACAAUCACGACUUCUCCUGUCGACUUCCAGUGGAAAACCCCAUACUUCCCCUCAAAGUGUCCAGCUCUUCUUCCCCAAGCGUGCAUGCAUUGACAUGUGCAUGCGCCUUCAGAGGCGUUCCAACUUUGCUUUGUUCCUCUUCGUGGGAUUGGUUUGCGUCGGGAGUAUGUGCAGCAUCGAGGGUCUAG